CAUCGAACCUUUAUUGAUAGUAUCCACAAUAUCUACAUGUGUCUGUCUGUGUCUGCGUGUUUUUCCCAAUCAAUUUACACCUGAAGUCUGCGAUGCCAUCAAAGAAAUCAAGACGUGGCUCAUCACCGCCUGAAGACAAAAAUGCCGCACAACAAAGUUUCCUGAUGAAAGUCAUAAACAUCUUCCAUUUCAUUUUGUUUGUAUGUUAUGGAUUGCUAUCAACAGCCUGUAGUGCCCUUAAAGGGUACUGGAGAAUUAUACAGCCCCAGAAGAAAAAGGACAUCUCACAGGAAAUUAUUCUGGUGACAGGAGGGGGUCGAGGACUUGGCAGAAGACUUGCUCUGGAAUUUGCAAAACAUUCACCAAAACAGAUAAUACUGUGGGGCCGUCAUCUGGAAUCCCUCUCGCAGACUUGUGCAGAUGUGUGUGCAAUGGGAGUCCCAUGUGUUUACAUGCAGUGUGAUGUUAGCAACAAAGAAAAUAUUGACCAACAGGCAAGUAUAUGUCAAGAGAGAUACGGUCCUGUUAGUAUUCUGGUAAACAAUGCUGGAGUGAUGUAUGGAGGAAAAGUCUUGGAACUUGCAGCGGAAGAUAUCGAAAUGUCUUUCAAAGUUAAUGUUUUGGCACAUUUCAGACUAGUCCCGUUUGCAGAUUACAACCCCAAAAUCAUUCUACCCACCAUCAGUGUACCCACAUGCAACAAAUAA